AUGGAUACCCUAUGUGACAAGCUUCGUCUAAAAAACAGUUCAUUGAAGACUACUUUGAAAAAAACAAAAGAACAAUUGAGGCAGAAAGAGACUGGAGAAGUACUCAGUGCAAUUGACUUUGAACAAAUGAAAAUAGAUAAUACGAAAUGCCUUGCAGAGAUAGACGAAAAAAAUCGUAUCAUACAAAAAAUGAAAAUAGUCGCUGCUAGAACUCUUCAGAUAUUAAAUGGACACAGGAAAAAACUAAAUGAAGCAUUACACGAACAAAAAUAUCUUAUGGAAGAACAAAACCAACGCCAAGAAAUGCAAAGACGUAUCGAAACUGAGAAUAUAUUAGCAAAGCAGGAACUCAUAAAAGAAAGAAACCUUAACGAAAAAUACGAAGACCAUAUAUCAUCGUAUCGCGUACCGUCUGUGAUAGAUUUUGUCAAGCUUGUGAGCGAAGAACGAGAUUUAACAAGUAAACAAAAUAUAUACAACAGACGCCUAAAAAUCGCAGAAAUGGCAUUACACUGUCACAAGAAGCUUUGGUCACAAAUUCAACACAGCAGUUUAGACGGAAGAGUUUAA